AAAAAUCAGCCCCAGAUUUCUAUUUCUUCUCAUCCAUUUACAUUUCUCGUCCGCAGUCCGCACAUUUUUCACUUUUUCUGAUACCCGCUGACGGGUGGAGUUCUUCUUUCGUUUGCUUCGGACACGCAAUAAAAUCAGUAACUUGCAUUAAUCCAUUUCAAUAAAUUAUUAUAUAGAUGUAACUUUAUAAAUACAAAAAAGAAAAAGAAAAGAAAACUACACCCAAAGCACCACAUUUGGGAAGGCAAACACAGCACAAGGGAUGCGAUUUUGGAUUUUGCUCUUUGCGACUGCGAAAUCGAAGGAGUCUACAAUUCUACAUAACAACAACGCACUCACAGCUGCUCUGUUGGGUUGGUGGUAUCAAGAACAAGGAAUUACUUCAUUCACCUUGUUAAAGUAGAAACUUUUUAAAUCUGUGUGUAUACAUUGUUUUGUGUGAAGAUAAAAUCAAUCUAGAGAUUAAGCUCAUCUCGGAGGAUUUUCACCCUUGAUGACACCCUGUUGACCAGCGGGCACAAAAGCCGGGUGCAACGUGCAAUUACAAAAGAACAUCGAGCGUGGAACGUCAUCGAUAGAACAAAAUCCUCUUUAUCUUAUCAUUAAGAAGGCAGUUUUGUUUUAUUUUUUGCUCUCAAUUCGUUAACCUGUCGCCCUCAUCAUGUCAGUUUUGAGACAAUUUCUGGGAUCCAGCUCAUGGGUGCGUGCAUUAAUGAUUUUCGUUGUGGCAUGGGGAUUUUUGGUGUACAUAUUUGUCUCGAAACUAAACACGCAGCCAGCGAAUUUCGAUCAAGAUAGCACAGUGAAGAGAAUGAACCAAGCGCUACAGAUGUUGGAGCACUCAAAACAGAGGAAUGAUGAACUCAGACAAAUGAUUUCCGACUUCAUGAGUGAUCAAGUGGACAAACAGUCUGCUCAAAAGCUCAUGGACAAUUUGGAAAGCAAAUUACAACGAGUUGCAGAAGGAACUGGUAUGCAAAAUACCCACAAUUUGGAACCUAGUUUAGAAUACGAGCAACUACACCGACGCAUUCGUUCAAAUACUCAAGAGCUCUGGAACUAUUUUAGCGAUUCGCUAGGCAAAAUUAGAAAACGAAUAGUAACUGAAAUGCCUGACCUAGCUGAAGAUAUACAAAAUAUUUUACAAAUGGGCGCUGAAAAUAAACGAUCUCUCAUCUACGAUAUUGAUAGGAUGACAUCCGUGGACGGAUAUGAGAAUUGGCGCCAUCAAGAAUCUGAAAACCUCAGUAAUUUAGUCCAAAGACGACUAUACUACCUGCAAAACCCAAAAGACUGUAAAAAUGCACGAAAAUUAGUUUGUAAACUUAACAAAGGCUGCGGCUACGGAUGUCAGUUGCAUCAUGUGGUUUAUUGCUUCAUCGUUGCUUACGCCACAGAGCGAACAAUGAUUUUAAAAUCAAAAGGAUGGCGGUAUCAUAAAGGAGGAUGGGAAGAGGUAUUCCAACCCAUUUCUGAUACAUGCACAGACGUAGAAGCAGUUCAUGCCAAUAAUUGGCCAGGCCAACAUGACACCCAAGUCCUUGUAUUGCCCAUAAUAGACUCUCUUAUUCCAAGACCACCAUAUUUACCACUUUCAAUACCAGAAGAUUUAGCACCUCGAUUAAAACGCUUGCACGGUGACCCAAUUGUGUGGUGGGUUGGACAGUUUUUAAAAUAUCUUCUUAAACCUAAUCACUCAAUAAAAGAAAUGUUGGAGAACGGAAUGGACAAACUCGGCUGGAAGAAACCCAUUGUUGGAGUACAUGUGCGACGAACAGAUAAGGUCGGUACCGAAGCUGCUUUUCAUAGCUUGGAAGAAUAUAUGACUCACGUUGAGGACUAUUAUCUGACUAUGGAAACUAACGGCAGCAAGGUUGACCGGCGGAUAUUCCUUGCGUCCGAUGAUGCUCGAGUUAUUGAAGAGGCUAAGAAAAAAUACCCAAACUACGAAAUUGUGGGUGACCCCGAUGUAGCUAGAAUGGCUGCUGUAUCCACUCGCUACACUGAUUCAUCUCUCAAUGGCAUAAUCCUUGAUAUUCAUAUGUUAUCCUUAUGUGAUUAUCUGGUGUGUACGUUCAGCUCACAAGUGUGUAGGGUGGCGUAUGAAAUCAUGCAGACACUAUAUCCUGAUGCUGCGCAUCGAUUUAAAUCUCUAGAUGAUAUAUAUUACUACGGUGGGCAAAAUCCCCAUGAUCGAGAAGCUGUAAUUGCGCACAGCCCGAAAAAUCACGACGAAAUCCAUAUGCGACCAGGAGAUCUAGCUGGAGUAGCUGGAAAUCACUGGAAUGGUUUUUCGAAGGGCAAAAAUAAACGAACUAACCAAAUGGGUUUGUUUCCAUCUUUCAAAGUAGUAGAUAAAGUAGAAACGGUUAAAUUGCCUACCUAUCCGAAGGCGUAAAACAGGACCAACACGAAACAAAUCGGCGUAUGGUUUCACGUGUAAGAAGGACAACAAAAAAGAGAAUUUAAUAAUUUAGAAGGUGUACAUGUACAGAUAAUCAUAGCGCAAACUAAAAGAAAAUCUCAACCAGUGGUAGAAUUUAAUUUGAUUUAGUUUUUCUUAAGAUUUUGCAUUUUUUUAGCGAAUAUUGAAACUUCGUAAGUUAGGAAGUUAGGAAUUGUUGAAGAAAUAUACGUUUCUUCUCUUUUUGUGUGUAUUGUUCUGAAAAGUUGAGAACAAUUUAUGAGAAACUCUGAUUUAAGUAACUUUUUGUACGAAUUUUAAAUACUGUUUCUUUUUUUAAUAUAUACAGAAGCAUAAACUAAUUAAGGUUACUAUAGCACUUGUAUCAUAUCAAAGGCCGAAGUUGGGAUGAACUUUGCAACACACUUUACAAUCUUACAAAUCACAAGCAAUCAACCCUUCUUAGUUUAAUUCUAGUGAAUUCUUUUUUUUAAAGUGUUCUGUGGUAUUGUUUCUUUUUGUUUAUAAGUUAAUUUACAAAACAAACACACACAAUUUUGUAUAUUUUUUCUUUUCAACGAACAAAUGACUAAAUAAAAACUUAUCCAUUAAUUAAUGAAAACAUAAUAUAUUUUCCUAAUACUCCUAGUUAGAAUAGAAUUUAAAAAACCCAAAGGUGUACUUACUCCUUUUCUAAAAUAAAAUAAAUAAAAGUGUGUUGCAUCUUCAUCCUAACAAUUUCUUUGGUAAUGUUUUAUUAGAAGUGCACUUUAAAUGUUUAGGAAAUAUGUUAAUGUAUAAAAUAUAUACACAUUUAUAUAAAUAUAUUUAUAAUAUCAAAGACACAUUUUACUUUCUACGCUGUAUCUAUAAAUAUGAAUAUCUUGUAAUAUUUCUGUGUAAUAUUUUUUCUGUUUGUGUUAAAAUGUGAUAUUUGGUAAACAAGUAAUAUAUAUAUUUUUUUUGUUUGUAAUAAAUAUAAUUUAGGAUAAUAAUUUUUUUUUAAAUAAUUAAGUAUGAAUGUUUUGAUAUUAUUGAAAAAUAAUUUAUAUUAUUUUGUACAAAAGAUAUAAUAAAUAAUACAAUUAAAUAAGUAAUCGAAUCAAAUGCAAUAAUAAGGAAAUAUUGAACGAUGAGCAAUUAUAUUUUAUUACUCACAAAUCGUAUUAAUACAGAACAAAAUAAAAUAGACAAAACAAAAAAUGCGAAAACUUGAUAAAAAAUAAUAAAUGUAUUUAGUUUUAUUUUUGUAUAUUCAUAUUUUUAACUGACCUUGAUCAAACAUGAUCGGUAUCGGACUUCAACUGGUUGUUCAUAGCCCUUAAUUUCUUGUGCAAAAAAAAAGUUACAAAAAAUAUAAAUCAAAUUGAUUUUGUUU